AAAAAAAGAAAAAUGGGAAACAUUUAAAUCUGGAUCAAUUCCACAAAAUAUUAUUGAUUGGAUUUGUACUGCACAACCAGUUCAUCGAUGUCGACGAGAAAUAUUUGAAUCAAUACUUCUUCAUGGACAUGUUAUGAGUAGAGAUUAUAUGGAAAAUUUAAAAAAAUCAGAAUGUGUCAUCAAUUCUAUUCUUCAACAUAGUCAAUUAAGAAGAAUUCAAUGUUUGAGAGAGGAAAAUUAUGCUAAAGAUAUAAAAGAGUAUGUGACUGCUUUAGUUUUAGAUGAAUUCGAAAGAAAACAUUCUCAAAAAAAUUCAGACGAAAUUGUAGAAAGAUCAGCGUCAUCAUUUCCAGAUAUCCUCAAUCCACAAUUUCGUGAAUUAUUCAUUAAGAAUAAAGAAGGUUUUUUUUCACAUGUUCUUUCUGAAAAUGAUAUAAAAACAAUUAAAACAAAAGCUAUUGAAAUAGCUCAAGCUUCUAUUAAACUUCAUUCAAAUCCAGCUGGUAUUGGUUAUGAACGUGAUAAAGAUUUAGGAACACAUAAAAAUGUUUUUAGCGUUCUUGGACCACAUACAGGUGAUUAUGGUGACGUAUUCAUUGUGUUCAAACGAGAAAUUCUUCAUCAUCCAGAUUCAAAUUUUUCUAUUCAAUCAGCAACAUCCUAUGUUAGUGGACGAGCUUUUAAAUGGCGCCCAUGGUUAGGUGAGGAUCCUGGUUCUAAAAAUGAUCGAAUUAAAUUAUAUCACAAUACGAAAUUGCAUGCAGCAAUAACAGGUUAUGAAUAUGCAACUGCUCUUGAACUAAUUGCUACAUUUGGCCGAAAAAUAAAAUCAAUGAAUAUUGAUUUAGAUACAAUUCUUCGAGAUUCAGUUACUCGAGAUUCUCAUAUGAAUAUUGAAGCUCAUUUACCUCAACUUAUUCCACUUGAUUAUAUUGAUCAUAUUUAUUUACCAAAACAAAUAUUUGAUACAUUUAGUACUGAAACUCGUCAAGCAAUCAAUACUAUCUUUCAUAAUCGUAUUUCAAUUAAAUCGUUUUCAUUAAUCGAUGAAUAUCGAAGUAUUGUUAUAAAAGAUAUAAUUGAAAAAUAUGGUCAACGUGAUAUUCAUUCUAUUUCGAGACCUAUUCAAGGAACUAUUAUAACAAUACCUUCAAGUGAUCUUACUGAUCAUUAUGUUUUACCUAUAACAAUAUCACAAGCAUAUAAACAAUAUAAAGUCGAUUAUUCAAAUGUUUCAAGUGAUGAUAUUCCAUUUUAUAUCUAUUGGCAAGUUAUGAAUGGUGAUAUGAUGUUAACAUUAUCAAAUGAACAAAUUAAUACAGGAAAACAACAACCUAAUCUACGUUGUUUAAUAUCUUAUAUAGCUGAAAAACCAUCAACAAAAGAUUUUCAUUAUCAUGAAAAUGAAUCUUAUUUAUAUAAUGGUCGACCAUUUCAACAUGAAUUUGUUAUUAAUGGAACUAAAUAUGCAAUUAAAUCUCGAUCAUUUUAUAUUGGAUGUAAUACAGAUGAUUUUAUGACAUUUUGUCUUGAAAUUCAACGUUCAACAGGUAAAGUUAUUUUAUCUCAUGCAGGUCCUAAUUCAAUAUAUAAUCAUGAACAAAUUUCUUCAACAUUUUCAAAAUCUGAUCUUGAUCUUAAUCAAUUAAAUUAUAUUCAUGUUAGUGCUCGAGCUCGUACAGUACCUAUUCGAAAUGUAUUCGUUACUUUCGAAAAACAAUCUGAUUUACAUCCAACUUUCGAUAAAACAUUCGAUAAAGAUUCAUCUUCAACUAUAAACGCUGUAUUACCUAAUAUUAAAGAUGAUACUAAUUAUAAUAAUGUACCAUCAUCAAAUAUAUCAGAUAGACCAGGCAACAAAUUAUCUAGAGCUUUUAAUAAAGUAAUAGAUACAGCUGCUCAAGCAAAAGAUAAAUUAAAGGGUUUCGUCUUCAGUGGCAAUGAUUCAUCAUUAACACCAUGUCCUGAUAGUAUUUAUUGUCUUAUUCAAUAUUCUGACCAAGGAUUAAUUCAUAAUUCGAAAUAUUCACAUCCAUGUCGUUUUUCAGAACUUUGUCGGGAUCAAGAACCGGAUUUAACACAUGAACCUCAUCAAGCACCUCAAUGUAGUGCUGACAGAAACUGUAAAGAUUUAUGUAAUCCAAUUCAUCGAGCUCAAUAUCGUCAUACAGGUUGGCCAGAUUUUCUUAUACCUUGUCGAGAUCAACAAAAAUGUCGUAACGAAUCAGAUCAACAUCGUUUGAAAUAUUCACAUGGUGAAUGUGUUCUAGAUUUUAUAAAUAGAGCAGGAAUACAAACUGCAUCAUCAUCAAUGCAUUCUAAUCGAUCAUUACAACAACAAGAUAAUGAUCAUAAUCAAAAAAUACCUUGCAAAUGGGGACUAAAAUGUCGUGAUAUUUUAGAUUCAAAUCAUUGUACUAAAUAUUCCCAUCAAAAUAUUGUUCAACUACAAAAUGAAAAUCGUAUUGUAUGCAAAUGGGGUAAUCAAUGUCAUGAUCAAAGUAGUGCUCAUCGAUUGAAAUAUUCACAUUCUUGA